CGACGACGCCAAGCAAAAUGGUAUCACGUACGUCUGACAGACAAGUGAAGUUAGACAUCUUUUAUUAUUCUUAAAAUAUGAAGAAUCUAUCAGAAUUUUCCGAAUGAAAUCAACAAAAAAGAGAUUUGUUGAUUUCGAAGACAGUGAUUAAUAACUAUUGAAGUGUAUGCAAGCAACUAUAUAACUUUAGUUAAGUGGGUUACCUGAAUCAUUUGUAUCAAAGAAGACACUUAAUGAAAUGGAGGUUUAUUACAAGCCCAGCGAUAUUGUCUGGGUUAAACUGGGUCCAUUCUGGUGGCCAGGGGAAGUUGUAGACAAGACAAGUGUACCAGAGGAUCUUAUUGAAUCUUUGAAGAGAGAACCUGUAGCUAUCGUGAAGUUUUUUGACGAUGAUGGAUAUUACGAAUUUGUCAAAACCCCUGAAGGUAUUCACCCUUACAAUUGUGAAAGAAAAUACGAUUUUAUCAAAAAAGGAAUGGAUGCUUUUAGAGCCAAAAAUCCAAAGAUGACAUCUUUCCCUAAAGACGUUAGUGCUGCAGAAGUGAAGACUGGAGGUAACGCAAAUAUAUUGAGUGAUCCUGUCUUCACUAUUGAACGUAAGAGAAAUUAUGCUGCAGAAAUUUUCGGUUCACCUACAGUCAAGAAACCCAGAGAAUCACAUAAGGGGCGAGCAAUCAAAUCCGAGCCCAUCAUCACUCACAGAAGGUUUCUCGGCUACGAUGACUACGAAGCACGCGUCCUAAUCCCAACGGAGGAAGAUGCUGAAAAAACGGACGAAGAUACGCCUACCGUCGUAACUAGAGUGGAAACGUUCAACAAAUUCACCUGUCCGAUAUGUCAGUUCUCCACCGACAGAUUGGGCAUUUUAAUGAAGCACACCAGUUGUCACGUGAAAGACGUGAGCUUCCAAUCCAGGCAGCCGAUAAAGAAACAACAGAAACGAAAGAGGAAGAAAGCUCUGAGCGACGACGAUCUUUCUGGGGACGAGAAGAAAACGAAGACCAAGAGGAAAUACACGAAGAAGAAGGUCGACGAAUCCGUUCUGGCCGACGAUGAGAGGAGCGAAAAUGACAUUUCAUUCACCGCUAAGGAUUCUACGAUUCGUAAAUACACGAAAAAACCAGCCCAAUCGAAGAUCGAGGAGAAGAAGGAUAUAUGCAUCGAUAUAAUAGCAGAUUGGGACGACGAAAGCAAUCACGAGGAUUCUAAUGAGAAAGAUACGACGGUGGAUACUACGCUAAACGAAUCACAAGAGAUUUCCGAAGUUACCGCCAACAACCUGUCAGUAGAAUCCUCUUUCGGGCUAGAGCUCACCGAUGAGGAUCUGGAUUCGACCAGAAUAACGAAAGACAUAACUGAAGAUCCUGAAUUGGACACACCCACCGAACAACCCGACAAACCCCUUGACGAUAAGGCUGAAAAAAGUCCAAAUAAAUCCUGUUUCGAUUUCGAAGAAGACGAGGAGGAAACCAAAAUACCGGAUGCAACUUCCGGAAGGAAAAUACCCAGAGUUAUCCCGAUUUCCGAACGUCGGAAAACUGUGGAAAUGGAAGACGAAAAUGUGGACGAGGAAGAGGAGAAAAGGAAAAAGAAGAUCCUCGAGGAAUCGGAAGAAUUGGCCAAGUUGAUCGCGCCCUCAACGGAGGAAGACAGAGAAACUGAAAACCUGGAGAAGACUUACCAGUCCCUGAUGGACUCGACGGAACAUUUGGAUAUUCCGGACGUUCCCAACAUCUUGAAGACUGAGCAAAAUUUUCACGCUGUUAGGACUGUAAAAUACCCGGAUAAACACAAGGGUGAAUCAUCGGAUUUGAUCGAAGCCGAAGUUACUGAGGAAAGAACUGCAUUGCCUGAAAAACCUGAAAAAUUGGAAGAAGCGCAAUCAGUUGAAGAAACGAUUGAAAUAAUUGAUACUGUAGACGAUGUCACGUUAACGGUGGAGGCACUACCUGAGUCGAUAGAAGAAAAGAAGUUGAAGGAUGAGGAAUCAGAAGCGCCCAAGGAGAAAGGAAAGAGCAAAUACACCAAAAAGGGCAGAAAGUCAUCCAGAACUAAACCCGAAAUUACCGAGUCGGCCAUUGAUGCGUUACUUAUGAAGCAAGCAGCAGAAUCUGAGAAUUCAGAAAAAGACAAGGAUUCUUCUGAGCUAACAGAUAAAAAAGUGCCAUUAGAUAUCCCCAUUGUUGCUGCAGAAGAAGUAACCACUGAAAGUAAUUCUAAAGAACCAGAAAAGACCCAUGAAGAAUCAACCCUGAUUGUUGAAAAUAAAACGCUUGAUAAUAAGGAUGUGAACCAAGAAAAUGUCGUAGCUGAAGAAAUUGUAAUUGCGGACGAUGAGAAACUAGAAACGGAAGUGAUUGAAGAAGUUGUGGUGUUAGAAACGCCAACAGUUGAUGAGCCUCUGAGCGUUUCUGAGGAAAAAAACCCAGCUGAAGAAUCAGUUGCCAAAAUCGAAAACAAAGUCGAAAUGGACACCGAAGUUGAGUUGAAUCAUGUUGAGGCCAAAGUUGAAGAAGAACAACGGCCUGAUACGAAAAGACGCAAGACUCUUAGGGGUUAUUCCAGGUCCUCCAAUGUGAAGGAGGAUUCUUCACCGAGGAGAGGACGUAGUAAGGACGCCGAAACAUCGAAAGUUGAAGAAUCCAGACGUUCUUCUUCGCCAGAAAAAAAUAAGAGGGAGCAACAGAAAUCAGCAAGAAAGCAGUCUAGGUGGGAUAGAAGUACAAUAAAAAAAGAUGAAAAAACACAGGAUGAAACGUCGUUUGAUCAGAAAAUUCCAACUCAAGAAGAAAUAAACAAUGUAAUCCUUGGAACGGUGGAAGUGAAGGAAAAUGUCACUAUGCAUACCGAGAAUUCAACACUCAAGAUUGAAUCUUCCAAGGAAAAUUCUGAAAAUAAUAUCGAAUGCAUAUCGAAUUCCGAAAGCAAUAGUGGCCCUUCACUUCUUUCGGUGCCCACGGUCGAAAAUGAGCAGGUGGAAAAAGAAAAUUCCCAACUGAAUGCCAAAACCACUACCACUAAAGAGGAGAAACGAAAAGAGAGACCCAAACACGAUCAGAAAGAAGAAAAGCCGAACGCCGAAGAAACCUCUGAUGAAAUUUCAGAGAAAAACGAAAAAGAUCGUAGAUCCCAUCGGAGUUCCAGGAAAGAGAAGAGAUCUAGUAGGAGCGAGAGGGAUCAGAAAAAAGAUGAAUCGGGUUCAACGCCAGAAGAUUCUUCGCAUAGGAGUUCGAGGAGUGGCAGAAGAUCGAGUAGGCAUGAAAAAGGAAAGCAUGAUUCUUCUGAAGUUGGCAAGAAAGAUCAACAUGACGAACAUAACGUGAAACAUUCGAAAGAUAGUUCGAAUUCGAGGAAAUCCGGUAGUUCGAAAGCCGCACCUAGUUCCGACCUUGAAGUACCUAGCAGUAGGGAACAGGAAGAGAAUGUACCUCGAAGGAGUAGUCGGAAAGAUAAAAAGACCGAUCGGGUUGAUCCACAUCCACAAAAAUCCAAUGUGUCGCCGGUGAAAGAAGUGGUAAACGAUCCCAAAGUUCACAUUUCCUCUAGUCGUAGUUCCAAAAGACAAAGCAGAUCGAGUAAGAAUUCCCAAGAUUCUCUCACUUCCCCGGAGGUCAAAGAUACGGAACUCCCUAUCGCGAAAAAACACGAGGAUGGUGCCGUAUCAAACAAAGAAGAAAAUGUCGAACCACAAUCAAGUUCCAAAAAAUCAGCCAAGCCCUCAAAACAAGAUAGAAUCGAUCCUAUAAGAGACCUGUUCGCCAUAUCUGGACAUAUCAGUAAAACGAAAGAGCAAAAACGGGAAGAAUUGAAGAGCAUUUUUUCAUUCGAUUACGAUGAGAAGGAUCUCAAAAAAAGAAGAACUUACGGCCACAAACGAAAAUUGAAACAUUCCUAUGAGGAAGUCGCCGACACUGGAACUUCUGAAGAAACUAAUAAAACUGAGAAUUCUUCAGAACUGACACAGACUUCUACCGAGGUUAAAAAUGAAACUACCGAAGACAAAAUGAAGGAAACCGAAAAUGAAACUAACUCCGAGGAAAGAAAAAACCUUGUUGAGAAGCAAACAUUGGUUCAUUCGGCAUCAGAAACAACACUAGAAGACACCCAAAAACCUCAAGAAAAGAUGGAACAUGUACAGAAUGAACUUGUAAUUGAGGCUGGCGAAUUGCAACAAGAGAUACCUGUGGUUCAAAUGCCUGAAACAUUAGUUCGAGAACAGUCUGAAAUAGGAGAAAAAACUGAAAUGAAACCUGAAAAAGAACUUUCAAUCAGUAAAAAUCUAGGUGGUGAAGUACUGGAUGAAAAAAUUGAAAUCCCUCAACAAAGAAUAGAUCAUAAUGCUUCAGAGGACGUUCCUAAACAGACAGAAAAUCUUGAUACUAAAGAGAAAACAAAUGAGGCGCCGAAAAUGCCGGAGGAGAAGAAAGAAGAAACUGAAAAGAGUACAAAGACAGUUGUCAAAAAACAACGAAAACCAAGCAGAUGGGAUCAAAAGGAAAAAACUGAGACAAGUAAUAAUCACGAACGAAAAAAGAGUCGCUGGGAUAAAAUAAAGAAUGAAGAUGUUAGCCAACCCCACAGCUCAGAAGUUGAAGCUCCAAAAGUUACAACAGCUAGCGUUGACAAUUCCCAAACAUCUUUGUACAUUGAUGAGACAAGUCAAAAGGAGAUGAGUGAUAUAUUUUCUGGAAAGGAAACAUCGGACCUUGCUGACAAAAAUGCUGCACAAAUUGAAUUGAUAUUCGGAAGUUCGCCACUUCCUGUACUUAAUGAAGACAAUAUGUUCGUCGAGAAGAAUAAAGAGUUGGAAAGUGACCAAAAAGAAUCCUUAGAUGUGUCUUUAGAGGAAAAUACGAAGAAUGACGCAACUCAAGUUGAAAAUGCUUCAAAGAAUUCAUCGUUUGAACUCGCGCCUGACCUGAUGGACUCCGUUGAGAGUCAAGUGGCUAGAAUAACGCAUUAUGAGGAACCAAACAUGGAACAAAAAUCAUCAAAUGAAGUGGAAUUUCUCAUAGGACAAAAGGUUGGAUCGAUAUUCGAUACUCCAGAGAAAGGUGACAAAGCUACUAAUGCCUUGAUGAAUGCCCUUGAAGAAACUCUGGAUAUUGCGACAACGUCAGCUGAAAAAAGUAACACUGAACUUGAAGCAACAUCGCCAAAUAAAAAAGCAUCAACCAGUUCAUCAGCUCCCAAAGCGAAGAAAACUUAUUUACUAACUGAAAAGGCCAGAACGGAAAAGGAAGAAAAGUCACUGGAUGCCACUAAAGAAACAACCACAAAUAUUCUAGAUCCCCCAAUCAAAUCUGUCGAUAAAACAAACGAAGUUGCUACAAAACUGACCAAUCCCAAAAAGAGAUUCGUGAAGUCCUUUGAAGAUUUCGAACUCAAUCAACAGAGAGAGAAAUCUCUUGAAGCCGAAAGGGCGAAUUCACAAGAGGCUAAGUCUGAGACAUCAUCCCUUGUUGCCGAAAAGCCGAAACCACAAGAGGCAAAGCCUGAGACGUCAUCCUUGAUUACCGAAAAGGCUAAACCACAAGAGGCAAAGCCUGAGACAUCAUCUUUGAUUACCGAAAAGGCUAAACCACAAGAGGCUAAGCCUGAGACAUCAUCUUUGAUUACCGAAAAGGCUAAACCACAAGAAGCAAAGCCUGAGACAUCAUCCCUUAUUACCGAAAGGGCCAAACCACAAGAAGCAAAGACUACUACAUCAUCGUUGAUUACCGAAAAGGCAAAACCACUAGAGGCAAAGUCCGAGACAUCAUCCCUGAUUAACGAAAAGGUGAAACCGCAAGAGCCAAAGCCUGAUACACCAUCCUUGAUCACCGAAAAGGCAAAACCACAACAGGCAAAGUCUGAGACAAAACUAGAAGAGGCAAAGCCUGAGACAUCCUUGAUUACUGAACAGGCAAAGCCUGAGACAUCAUCCUUGAUUACCGAAAAGGCAAAAUCACAAGAAGUAAAGCCUGAGACAUCCCUGAUCACCGGGAAGUCUCCAAUCGUUUUCAAGUUAAAGAAACAAUUUUUAUCGAAAAUUAGUAGCAUUUUCGACGAAGCUGACGAGAAAAAAGAGACCAGAGUUCUUCCCAGAAUUAAAACUAUCAAAAACGAUCACACGCUUCUUCCCAAGAAGAAAAUCCCUUGUGGCUCGGCAAAAACUGAAACCAUCACCACAAAGAAUAUUGAUGUGACAGAAACACCAAAAACAAAGACUGAAAAAACCCCUGAGAUAGUUAAUACAGUUGAAAAAAUUGAUAUAGAGCACAUAGAGAAAAAAACAGAAGAUGUAGACAUUACCCAUAUCGAUGAUGCACCCUCAAAAAGUGUACCAGUUUCUGAGGAAUCAGGAGAAUUGUGCCAAAAGAAACCAGAAACUAAUGUGACUGAAAAUAAAGAUUUAACUACUUGUAUUUCACCAUCCAAGAUACACUCGACUCCUGAAUGCAAUACUGUGGAAGUCUGUGAAGUUUCUUUCACAAGUGAUAUCGAAACAUCCGAGGUGUUGGAAGAAUGGAAACCGGAAUCUAAAGCACAUGCGCCUGCCGAGAAAAGACAGCAUCCAGAUGCACCUGAGCUAAUAGUAGGUGAGCAUUCAAAUUUACUUGCGCCUGUCAUAGAAAGAGAGCAUUCGAAUAAGCACGAAGAGGAUCACAUUGACAUUUCAAAAACCGAAAUCAUAACGAAAAAUUUCCCUCUGGAUGAGAAUAAGAAAGAAGAGACCGAAUAUGUUUCCAUAGACGGAAACUUGACUGUUGUUUCAGAGAAGGAGUUGGCCGAAGGACAAGUGGAAAUAACGGCUAGUAUGCCCAGCAAAAAACCCAUGACACUCUUGAAUUUCUCCAUGGAUUUCUCGGACGAUAGUAGUGAUGCCAGCUUUGAGGCUUUCAGGAAAGAAAAAAUUCAAAACAUUACGGAGUCGCUCGAUAGUAAGAGUGUGGAAGAUGAAGUAAAAGAAAAAGAGGUCGUUAGUGAAAAAGAGUCAACCAUUAAAGAAAUAUGCGAGAUUAUCGACAAUAAAGAACAGAUGGUUAAUAACGAAUCGGAAGAGGUGAUUGUUGAAAGUAUUGAACAAGAACCACAAAUCGAUAAACAUGAAGACAAAGCCGCUGUAAAUAGUGGAAGUGAAGAACAUGAAGCAUAUAAUAAUAAAAUAGAAACUAUUAUUUGUGACGAAAGCAAGAAAACGAUCGACGAUACAGUGAAAAGUCAAAUUGUCGAGAAAAAAGAAACAGUGUUGGAGGAUAUUUCAAAUGUGGCAAAGGAAUUCGAAAUUGAUAGUGGUCUAAGCAGUGCGCCAAGCAUUCAACCAGAAAUUAAAAACGAAAAGACUGAAACCCAAAAAGACAAAAUAGAUGUUGUGAAAACUAAAUCAGAUAAAAAAGAUAGCAGUAAGGUAGCCACCAGUGAUUUGUUAUCUGUUUCCGGUGAAGUUAAACCCCCCACUAAGUCCCCGGAAUCUGUGACAGUUAGAGGCAAGGGAAAAGAUGCUACAAAGAAAAAUGAUCGAAAAAGUCAACUCUUUACCACUGAACAAAUUCCAGUAGUUAAUGAGCCUAUGGUUAUCUACAACACUGCUAAGAGUUCGACUGUUACAGAUAUGUGCGAUUUAGAAGAUCACAUUCCGUCUCAAAUAGUAUGUACAAAAAUAAAUGAAGAAGUGAUGAAAGUUGCCGGUAUCAACAACGAAUUAAGUAAAGAGCGUGCUAUGCCGAAGAAUGAACCUGAAAUGUCAAAGUUACUAAGUAGACUGACCAGCGACAAGAAAGAAGAUCCGAUCUCGAAGAUCAAGGAAGCCGAGACGAAAACGAGGGAACUAGAACAAAUAUCGAGUCCGAAGAAUCUAUUGAAGGCAGCCAUUAAAAGCAAAACAGCGAACACCAGCACGGCUCUUCCUCCCAAAUCUAUGAACAAAGCUAUAAUUUUAUCGGAGAAAAUCAUACGACCUGCGAGAGAAGUUGCUGCUAUCGUUCGAAAGCGAGCUUAUGAAGAUGUGGAAGAUAUCGAACCUUAUGUUAUCACCAAAACUCCCAAACUUGAACCCAAGAAAGAGGAAACAUUCUUGUCCCAGAAGGUGCCAUCGUCAUCGACAUCAAAGAUACCAGUAAAUUCUCCGAAACAAUUCGUUACGAACGCCAAUAAACAGAUUGUAGGUAUCAGAAAAUCUGGGAAAGCCAAAAUCCUAAAUCAGACCAUCAUCAGGCCGGCAAGCGAAACAAUUCCAACAAACAAGCUACCGAUUGGUGCUGAGGAUAAUGUAGAUUUCGAUAUAAAUUCCAUGCCCAUCGUUUUAUCAGAUGAACUACUCACACCGGAAACCCUCGAGAAUAUGCCAAUAGUUUUGGGCGAGCAAUCUCAAAAAGCGAGUCCCGCCAGCGAGAACAUGAAAAUAAUAAUAGAGAAAAAGACUCCGACCAAUGCCAAACUGGUAACUAAGACAGUACCGAUGACGUCAACGCCCGCCGCAGGUUCGCCUACAGUGAGAAUGCCCGUUUUGAAGAGAACGACACCGAAAAUUCUGCAAACUCCAAGACCAGCGCAGAAGAUCAUCAGGCAAGUGACCCCGGUCGUUGGCUCUAAAACCAGCAAAUUCGUUGUGGUGUCAGAGAGCGCUAACCGUCCGUCACAGAUGAUGAAGAAACAACCUAAUCUGCUGCGAAAAACAGUUCCAGUCACGUGUGCAGCAUCGAGUACAGCAAGCGCCCCGUCGGAGUCCACAGGCCACAAGAUAAUGAUCUUCACGAAUCAGCAGGGUAAACAGCAGAGGCUGCUGUUGACGCCCGCCCAACAGAAAAUGUUCGGCAUGCAGCUACCGGGAAAGACCGUGGUCAAGAGUGCUACGGCCGCCCAAAAGUCCCAACUCGCCAAAGUUCAAAGUACCACGCUGGCGUCGACAUCCAAAUUGUCCGGUCAGGUUCAAUCGCCGAAAUUGGUGAAGACAACCGUUGGCGCUUCUCAGGUUGCUUCUCCCCAGAUGAAGAUAGUACCGCCACGUAAAACCACACAAAAAAUACAUAUGCCUGGACAGCCAGUGAACAAACCCCAACAGAAAACAAUUUUGAUAACGAAUCAACAUGGCCAAACCGUCAGGAAGAUCCAAGGGACGAAUGAGGCUUUAUUGGAUAAGCAGGUCGCGGAACAGCUGGAGGCUAUCAAGGUUAGUAGCAUGAAGGCCCAGCUGAAACAACAGGAGGCCAAUGCGAGAGCUACAAUCACCAGUAAACCACAUACUGUUCCUGCAAGAAAACCAGUGGUCAAGAGGCCAGAGCCGAAACAAACGGUCGUUGCUCAACCUAAACUACCCCAUUCUUCUACAUCAACGAUUUCCGGUCCAUCGAGGUUAAAUGAACCCAAGGUUCCCCCGUUAACACCAAUCAGACAGGAAAAGAAACAGGAAGAUUUGCCGAAACAAGCGAGCCAAAGUAAACCAGCUCAAAACAAACCGGACAGGCCUCUUCACCAGUUGGUAAUACAGGAUAAUAUGGGAAAUCAGACAACGAUCACCGAAGGGCAAAUUUUGGCUCUGCCCAGCGAAACGGUCGACGGACAACCGCAGUCUUAUAUGCUAGUCACGCUGGACGAAACCGGUAAUUUGACGCCAUUGAACAACGAGGCGCUUAUGUCCUUAGAUCCCAGUUUAGCGGGAUUGGCUGGCGGCGAUCUUAGUAACAUGGUGCUUCAGAUGGACGCCGGAACGUCUAAAGAUAACGUUAAUCAAACGGCGCAACUCCAAGCAGCCCCGCCCACAACGACGGUCCAAGAGAAGCCUAAGCCGGAAGUGCAACAGCAGAUAGUGCCUUCUAAGCCCGAGCAACGGGUCGUACCGCCAGUCGAACAAGCCGCUGCCCAGGUCCAAGUGACGUGCAACAUAAACGGCGAACCUGGGCAACAGAUCAUAUUGACAGGCGAUCCGGUCGCCACCCAGAAAUUCCUAGAUUCCCUGAGCGACGGAAGCACAGACUUGGCCAACAUAUUAGCCGGCGCCGAAGGAAACUCGUUCUUGAUUCAGGCCGACGGACAGCAGAUUUUAAUCAACACCGAACCGAACGAAGCCGCCAUGCUUCAAGCGAACGCGAACAUCGAGCAAGGCAGUCCCAUGUUCUCUACACACGCUGUGAAAAACCAGGACAUUCUAGCGGCUGCACUGGCGGAUACUGACGUCUUCCAGCAGGAUCAUGUUACUAGUCAGGGUAAAUUGACGCACUCCCAGUUGAGCCCUGGACAGACUUUAUUUCCGAUGAAUGUUGGUAAUGUUUUAGAGACCAGUUUAACACUGAAUUCUCCCAUUAUGACACCGUUAGAGGUACCAAGUACAAAUAGCAAGAGAAUUCCAGAUGAGGAAGCCGACAUAUUAACGACGCACGUUCCCAAAAAUGUAGAUUUACCGAUAACGAUAACAGACCCCAAUAUUUCGCAGACGGUCUCUCACCAGCAAGUUUUGAUGGCUAGCGAUCUCCAGAGCAACUUGGAAUUAUCUUUGCCCAUAUCCGAAACCAUAUCUGUGACGUCGGACAUGAACAGCCCAUCGUUUGUAUACUCGUUACCUAACCUAGGCGUAUCGGAGCAUACAGAAAUCAGUCAAAAGAAUUUCACGGGCAGCAUGCCCCUAUUAACCGAUGAUAUGGAAGAAUCACACGCAUCUACUCAGUCGGGGGUUACGCAUGCACCAGCUAAUCUAACCAGAACAGAGCCAUCCGCGGUACCAUCAAAGAAGCAUAAUAUCGCGAGAGGAUCAAGACAAAAUCUGAUCUCCAGAAGAAUGGCAUCAGGCGGCACAUUUAUGGAAGAAGGAUUGUGUACUUUGGGCGCAGAAAUGUGCAGUUCCCUGAGUGAACCACCCCCAGAAAUGUUCGAUAUACCAAUGGAAAACGAAGGUAUCAACUUUUUGAACAACGCCAAAUCGCAGAACGCGUCUGAAGAAAAAUCGAGUAUAUCAUCGGCAGAAUCAGGCCUGCUUACAGACGAUAACUCUUUGGAAAUUCCAGUGCAAUCCCAAAUUGUUUCAGACUUCAAAGAUUCGUCGCAAUCUAGUGAUUCCUCGAGUUCUGUUUCCCAAGACAAAACACUGUAAAUUUGACUGAAAGUUUUUUUAUUAAUUGAGCAGUUGUACAUAGCAUGUAAAUGUUAAUUAAGGUCUUGGGAUGUAGCGGUAGUGCUGUCACUCUCGUCUGCAGCUUGAUUGGUGCAAAUUUUUUUUCUAUUUUUGGAAAGGGACCCUUUCUACUUUUGGAAGAUUUUAUACAGUUAUAUUUUAGUUUUUACGUCGGGCAGUCUCAUGUUUUUCAGAUUAGAGUUAUGGCACUACAGAGGAGCUUACUUUUCAUGAAAGAAUGUUAUAAUUCUGGAUUUUGUAAAUAGAAUAUUGUUAUUCAUGUACGAAUUGUACAUAACAAUUAUUGGAAUUUUUCUUCAAACUCAAUUUAUAUAUGUUAUUUUAUUUUAUUUUUUUGAUAUAUUUAGUUUGUAGAUAAUGACUACCUAUUGCACACUUUAAAGCCUAUCUGUUGUCUCCAUGAAUGUUUCUCUAGAGAAUAGAUUGUGUCAUUGUGUGACAUUCAAACUGAAUCUGAUCAUUUCAGGCUAUUUUUUCAGUUAUUUUAAUCAAUAAGUAUUUAAGCAUAUAGAUGUUGCAUCUUCUACGAGAUGUUAUCAAUUUACUUUAUGUAUUAUAGUUUCAUAAAAUAAAAGUUAAUUAUUUAAA